CUACUAUUUCCUUCUCCACAGUGCCAUAUCUAUUCUUACCAAAUUAAGAGAAAAAUGAAGACCUCACUCAUAGCAUUUUCCUUCAUUUGUUUUACCUUCACCACUGAACUCUUGAUUGGCCUAACUAUUGCUGCAGCACCUGAACCAGUGCUUGACACCUCAGGCCAGAAACUGAGAACAGGUGUCAAUUACUACAUUUUGCCUGUCUUAAGAGGCAAAAGUGGAGGGCUAACAGUUGAAAGCACAGGCAACAAGUCAUGUCCCCCUAAUGUGGUGCAAGCGAAGCUUGAAGUUUGGAAUGGAACCCCAGUAACCUUCACACCCUACAAUGCUAAAGAUGGUGUCAUCCUCACCUCAACAGAUCUCAACAUCAAGUCCUUUCCCAUUAAAUCUCCCUGUGGCCCAUCCUUUGUGUGGAAGCUUCAAAAAGAGUUAACUGGAGUGUGGUUUUUGGUUACUGGUGGUGUUGAAGGAAAUCCAGGUGCUGAUACCAUUGUCAAUUGGUUCAAGAUUGAGAAAGCUGGAAAAGACUAUGUGCUUUCUUUCUGUCCCUCAGUCUGCAAAUGCAAUACUCUAUGCAGGGAACUUGGGAUCUAUAUUGAUGGUAAGGACAAGCAUUUGGCUCUCAGUGAUAAAGUUCCAUCCUUUAAAGUCAUGUUCAAAAGGGCUGAGGGAUGGAAUAUGUAGGUGCAGGUCCAAUGUUCCAAUAUUCUAAGCAAUCUUAAGCUAGUCAUGACUAAAAGUAGUCGAAUCUAGACUAUCUAGAAAAGAAUUUCAUUUAUGUUCUGCUGCACAACACGUAUUUCUCUUUUUAUCAACUUAUUUCUCGAUCUUUUUCAGGUAAGUUUUCAGUGAUCGAUCAGUACCACCCCCUUUAUCAA